CAAAAACCGCGGAAAGGAAAGGGUUAUAGAACAUAAAAGAUUCAAAAUUGAAAAAUACAGAAUUACUGCAUUGCAUUUGAGAGAAAUUGGCAAUUUUUUUUUCAGGUCAGAAAUGUCCAUUGUAUUGGCAACAACGUGGGAGUAUAUGUUAUAGAUUCAGAUAUGUCAAUCUUAUGUCUUGGAAUGAUGCUGAAACUUGGUGUAAAUCUCAGACUGCACAUCUUGUCAAGUUUGAAAAUACUAAUGAAAGGUAUUGGAUGACGAGUAGAACAACACAAAUCUUAACUCAAAUCAAAAAGCCGACAUUGCGUUUUUGGACUGGAUUGAACAAUAUAGAUCAGAGUACAUCAGUGUAUACGUGGGCUGAUGGGAGUCCAGUUAGUCCUCUCAUAACGCGAGGUCAAGCAAUAUCUCCCAGUUCAACCAAUCAUUGUGUUAAAAUAGAUGGAAAUAGAUUAAGAAAUGUGAACUGUAAUACCAAGUUAGGAUAUAUAUGUGAAAGACACAUAGGUAUUCCACUCACCUGCAAUAGAGAUGCUGGGUGGCAGUCUUUCAACAACUUCUGUUAUAAAGUAUAUGCUAGUAACACUAACUCUUGGAAUGGAGCUCAAACUAUUUGUAACAAACUGGGAGGAAAUUUAUUUACAGCAGAAAGUGCUGCAGAAGAGCAAAUUAUACAUGAUUUUGCCAAGAAUACUCAUAAAAAUUACUGGAUUGGUGUAAAAGCUUAUCAACAGGGUAAUUCCUAUGCCUGGCUGACAGUACCCAAUAAUACUGUAGUCAACCAAGUAUUUUGGGCUAGAACACCUCAUUUGCAACGAUCUCAGUAUAACAGGACAUGUGCAGCAGUCCUGUAUUCCAGAACAUCAUCAGCCAUAGCAUGGCAACCUGUCAAUUGUAAUGGAAGACGAAACUUUGUCUGUAAAAAAGCUGAAGGAUCAUGUCAGCCUGGAUGGGUUGCACAUCAAAACAGAUGCUACCAAUUUAACACACGAUAUUUAUUGUCAUGGCAACAGUCAAUGCAGUUCUGUAGAGGCCAAGGAGGUAGAAUGGUAGAAUCAUAUGGGAAUACGGCUACUAAUUUUUUGAAAUCCUAUUUGGAUGAAUUGCGGUCUGCUGGUAUUCGUUCUUUUUGGAUAGGAGCUACAGAUAACAACACUAGUACUUACAAAUGGUCCAUUGGAGCUGCUAUAAAAUAUCAGCAUUGGGUUCAUAAUCCACCCACAAAUACAAAAAAUAGACAAGACUGUGUUUAUAUCAGUACAUAUGAUAGAAAUGGUUUAUGGCGACCCUCAGCAAACUGUGGAACUAAGAGGGCCUUUAUCUGCACCAUAGCAUUUAACAGACCUGUCAAAAAAAUUACUACUCCAAGACCAACACUAAAGUGUGAUUCCCAUUGGACUUUGAAUAGUGGAAAUUGUUAUCAAUUUAACGACACCAAGAGGAACUGGGAUGGUGCUCGACAAAUUUGUCAACGACAAGGAGGAGAUUUAGCUACAAUUAACACAAACAGACUUCAUAGCUUUGUUAUCCAUCGUAUACGUGCAGAAGAAUAUUGGAUUGGUCUGAAUGAUAAAACUCGUAACAGAAAAUUUAUAUGGGCACAAUCAGGUUUGCAGACAAGGUUUAGAAAGUGGUGUCCAAGGGAACCUAAUGAAAGAGGAGGACAGGAGAAUUGCAUUGAAUAUAAAAAUAGAUGUUGGAAUGACCAGGGGUGCAGCUCACCAAGGAAAUUUGUUUGUCAGAAACCACCAAAAUCUAUUCCAUUAGGCCCUCCAAUAACAACUACUCCAAUGCCAUUUAGUUUGCAUUGUGGAGUUGGAUGGGAAGAGGAUCCAUCAUCAAAGUAUUGUUACCAGUUCCGCGAUGACCAAAUGGCAUGGAAUGAUGCACGUCUGGCUUGUAGGAGAAUGGGUGGGGACCUAGCCAGUAUACAUGAUAGAGAGACGCAAGUUUAUAUAAAUACUAGGUCUGCUACAAUGAAUUCAGUAGCUUUAUGGCUUGGUGGAACUGACAGAUCAAGUGAAGGUGGAUGGACAUGGAGUGAUAGAACACCGUUUAAUUAUGUCAACUGGUCACCAAAGCAACCAGAUGAUUACAGACAUAAUGAGGACUGUAUGGGAUAUUAUGUACAGCGAGGUCAUACAUGGAAUGAUUUCCCUUGUAACUACAGAAAUGGAUUCAUAUGUAAAAAAUAUUGGGGACCCAGAACCACAAUUAAACCAAGACCAACUCCACGAGUUCCAGCUGGACAGUUUUUGGGAUGUCAAUUUGGAUGGAAAAAACAUGGAAACACAUGUUGGGCUUUUAUUAGAAAAAAUAUGACUGCAACUGCUGCCAGGACAGAAUGUCAACAGAGAGGUGGUUACCUAGCAACAGUCAACAGUCGGGAUGAGCAGAAUUUUAUACAAGCCAAUUUACCUAGAGCAAUGAAAGGACUUUUCUUGGGUGGAAGUUACUGGAUAGGACUUAGUGACAGAAUUGUUGAGAAUUAUUUUGUAUGGGAUGAUGGUACACCAGUUUUGUACACAAACUGGAAUAGUAAAGAGCCCAACAACUGGAGAAAAAUGAAUGAAGACUGUGUUAGUGUUUGGCUGCAGGGAAGAGGUUGGAAUGAUGCCCCAUGUAACACUUUAGCUCAGGGUUAUGUUUGUAGAAAAGGUGUACAAGUAGUAGCUACUACUGGACAGAAUCCCUUAUUUCAGGGAUGUACUCACCCUUGGAGAGGAUAUGGAUAUGGAGCUUCGUGCUAUGCAUUGUUGGAUCAAAAUAAUGCCCAUCCUCUUACAUGGCAGGCAGCCCAAGCCUCAUGUCAAUCAAAGUACAAAGGUCAGCUGGCAACAGUAAAUGACAGGUAUGUUCAGUCUUUCCUAGCCAGUUACAUAGACACCAGAACAGACGUCUUUUGGAUUGGACUAACAGAUAAAUCGACUCCAGGGACUUACAGUUGGGUACAAGGGCAAACAGACUACUUUACAUUUUGGGACAACACACAUACAGGGAAUGAAAAGAAUACUUGUGUUGCCAUGAGAACAACUCACCCAAUUGGAUUAUGGGGAAAUAAGCAGUGUACUGAGCUACACAACUACAUUUGUGAAACACCAAGGACAGGAUUCACUGCGGCCCCAUCAACAAUUCCACCCAAUGUACCCUGUCCUACUGGUUGGAACCAGUAUUCAUCUUACUGUUAUAAGAAAUACUCGUCAUCAGCACAGAAAUUAAGCUGGGAAGCAUCAAGAGAUUUCUGUAGAGGUCUGGGUGGUGACUUACUCAGUAUUCAUGAUCAGAAUGAAUUAAACUUUGUAAAGACUAAUUUACUGAUAGAUUCCACAUCUUAUUGGAUUGGACUGAAUGAUCGUGUUAAUGAGACAGGAUAUGUUUGGAGUGAUGGAUCAGGGGUAGAUUAUACAGCCUGGGCUCCUAAUGAACCUAAUAAUUUUAAUAAUGAAGACUGUGGACAGAUUGUUGGCUAUACAACACAGAAAGGACUUUGGAAUGACAAUAACUGUUUUUUGUCUCUCAACUAUAUCUGUAAGGUACAGAGAGGAACUACACUUCUAACUACAGCUGCUCCAGUGACUGGUGUAACAUCUGCCCAGUGUGGCGCAGGUUCCUGGGAGUUGUUCAAUGGAGCAUGCUAUAUGACCAAUCCCCCAAGUGGUACUAACUCAUCACUAUCAUGGUACCAAGCCCAACAGUUUUGUUUCGCUAAUAAAGCAAAUUUGGCCAGUAUUCAUGCUCGGGAUGAAAACAAUCUUAUAGUAGGCAUGAUUUCUAAGUUGAAUCAAAAUGAAUUUUGGAUUGGUCUUAAUGAACUUGAAAAGCCUGGAAAAUAUAAGUGGAGUGAUGGCUCUAUACUUGAUUUUGAUAGCUGGAGUGGAAACGAACCCAAUGAUGCAUUUGGAGGUGAAAGGUGUGCAGGAAUGCUUUCCUAUAAUGGGAACUGGAAUGAUGACAAUUGCAACCAACAAAUAGGAUUUGUCUGCAAAAAAUUAGUAGGUUCUGUUGGACCUGUUACUCCUGCACCACCACAGUUAAUCUCUGGAGGUUGUUCUGUCAGUGGAUUUGUCCCAGAACCAUAUGGUAACAAAUGUUUUUAUGCCAAUAACAACACAACUCCAACAGAUUGGAAUUCAUCUGUGCAGUUUUGUAGAAAGUUUGGUGCUGGAUAUGAUAUUGCUGCUGUCAGCAAUGAAAUUGAACAAGCAUUCCUUACUUCAUUGAUACAAGGGUUUACUACAAAUCUGUGGAUAGGACUUAACAACUUGAGACAUAACAAUAGAUUCAAUUGGCAAGAUAACUCAGCAUUCUUCUACUCAAACUGGAAUGCAGGAGAACCUAAUGGCAACUCACAAAGAGGACGCGGGAUAACAGAAGACUGUGUAGAAAUGUAUGUAAAUAGUGUUGUAGCUGGUUCUUGGAAUGAUCUUAAGUGUAACACGCCUCGUAAUGUCUUAUGUCAGGGGCCAAAAGCUGUAGGUCAGGCUACUCUGUCCCCACAGAAAAAUUGUAAAGCAGGAUAUAUCUCCCAUGGAACCAGUUGUUAUAAGUUUGUAAAGACACCAGUCCAAUCAUGGCAACUAGCAGAAAAUUUCUGUCAAGGUGAUGGUGGUGUUCUUGCAUCUAUCAAUUCUAAUUAUGAGAAUUCAUUUAUAGAGUCUCAAAUGGGACCAAACUUUGAUUACUGGAUAGGACUUCAAUUUAACCAGUUUAGUAACACUUAUACCUGGCAAAAGAGUUGGCCUGUUACAUUUACAAAUUGGGGAUAUGGUGAACCCAGUCAGGGACCAUCAGACAGAUGUGUUAAGUCAAAAAAUGGACUAUGGGAUGAUACUAGCUGUACUCUUACUCUAGGAUAUGUCUGUGAAAUUAAUUCUGCUCAGCCUCCUGCUCCAACACAGGCACCGCCAGGGCAUUGCCGUAACCGUGAUGAGACAAUUCGAGGAGACUACUGCUACUACUUUAGUCCAUUUACAUACUUGGACUGGCCAACAGCUAGAUUUACAUGUAAUAAACGCUUGAUGGAUCUUGUCAGUAUCACUUCUACAGAUGACCAGAGUUAUGUUUGGAUGGUUAUGUUGAAUGCUAGGUCACCUACUGGACAACAUACAGCACAAAAUAUCUGGGUUGGCCUCACAAAAGGAAUAUACAGUGGUUUUAUGUGGGCAGACACUACAGCUUUAAGCUUCACUAAUUGGAACACUGGUGAACCAUCAGAUCCUGUCAAUGCUACCAAGGAAGAAUGUGUAGAAAUGUACAGAGACAGUGGGAAAUGGAAUGAUAUUGCCUGUGACCAGAAAAAAUCAUUUGUUUGUAAAGGCAGAGCAUUACUUGGAGCUGGAACAGUACCUGUAACCACUCUAGCUCCAGUUACACCGCCAAACGUUGGUCCAGUGACUCAACCUAAUAUUGGUCCGGCAACAAAGCCUAUUGUUGGUCCAGCAACUACACCAAAAGGUGUCGUAACUUUUCCAACAUUUCCCAAUGUGUUUUCCUCAAGAACUACACCUGCACCAAAUAAGAAUAACGUGCCAUAUGUACAGCCAACUGGAUUUAUAAAUGGUCCCAAAAAUCAAGCUCAGACAAGAGUUUUAAGUAAUAAGACUGGGUUGUCAGGUGGAGGUUUAGUAGGGGUUUUAAUCACUGUUAUUGUAGUGUUAGGUGUGGUUGCAGUGGUAGGCAUGCUGUUCUAUAAGAAACGUAAUCCAUCUGCUGGUGGUGGUGGUGCUGGCAGUUUUGACAAUGCAUUGUACUUUAAAGGUAAUGAAGAGGUUAACAUCAAUAGUAGUGGUGACACUGGUGAAGCAGAUGCAUGAUCUGACAGUACAAAGCUGAAUUAUUUGUCAUGUUACCUGUGAAUAUGUACAAUAUACAAGUGUUUGUUAUUGAAGGAACAUUCAAAGACUGAGUAUGUUUUAUAGGGCACAAUACAAGAAGAACAGUUUUGAAUCAUUUUGUAAAUAGUUUGUUUCAUUUUGACAGACAUCAGAAUUUUUUGGCCACUGCGACACAAAUUUGCAUUGAAUGACUUUCACCUUUUUUUUGGUAAAAGUCUAAUUAUAGAAGGGGAAAUCAAGGCUUUCAGUGUAUUAAAUGCUCAAUGAGUUUAAGAGUAUGCUUUCAAAUGUCUGGUACGUUACCUUUUAUCGGUGAGAUGUUUUCAUCUUAUACAUUUUGCAUCAAAAAAGGGUUCUGAAUAUUGCAUCUUACAAUGAAACAGUGUCAAAGAAGAUGAUGGAAUGUAUAUACAUGCGACCAAUAGAUUUUCCUGAAACAAAGUUAUAUGUACUUUCAAAAUUCAGUUAAAAAAUAUUAAUCCGUCUACUUAUUAUUUCAAAGUUUAUUAAUCUCUCAAAGUGGAAAAUUAUUAUUUCUAAAAAAAAAAAACAAGUUGCCUUUUAAAAAUUGAAUAUUUUUCUUGGAAACAAUACUUGAAAAAAAUCUAUUACUUUUCAUUAAAUUUAAAGAAAUACAUCUCCGCUCCUCUUCAUCCUUGUUAGAUUAAGUCAGAAUUUGGGAUCCACCAGUUAAUGAUUUCCAUUGGUUACAGUUGUAACUAGCUGCAUCGAAUAAAAAUAUCUUUGAGAUGAUCAUGUGAAAAUGCAGAAAAUGUAUAUUAACAAUUUCCAUGUGCAGAUUAUAGUCGGAGUGGGCGACUUCUAUCUGUUGCUAGAUGGCACUACCCUGUAUACACAAAUAUUGUCUUAAUCUGCUAAGGGCGAAGAGAAGUGGGUUGGAUCGUAACCCUUGGCUAGCGAAAAUGAAAGAAAUAUAGAUGUAUCCAUUUUUUUUUCCUUGCUAUUUAAAAAAAAAUAAAUUGAUUUGCCAUAUUAUACAAUUAAAUGAUCACCCCUGGUUUUAAUCCCAUUUGUUCAAAAGAUAUCUCCCCUGGCAAAAUUACAGGAGCCAUUUUCACAAAAAUCUUACAAUUAAAAUUGGUCGUAAGUUAUAAUAAAAUGUUCAUGACUUAUAAGUUUUUUUUCUCGUAAGUUUUUUUGUGAAAUUGUUGGUAGAUUCUUUGAUUUAUGAAUAAGUCAAUAAUUGUAAAUAAUUGUAUGUUUUUUUUUUUAAUCUAUCCCUUCAAAUAAGAUCAAAUGUUUUAAACAAGUGCAAAAAACAGUAGCUAUUUCAAUUUCAGUAUUUUAGUAUUUUCAUUGAAUCAGUUUCCCUUUUUUUGUUAAAGUGUUUUCAUCAAAUCACUUUCAAUAUGUCAUGGUAUUAAAGUUAAAAGGCCUUUUUAGGGGAGUUUGCAUUAAUUCAACUUCAAAUUGAAAAGUUGUAAGGCUUCAGUACGAAACCAGGAUGAUUCUUGGCAGAUCCUCACAUUUUCCCUGUUUCUUAGCCGCAUCCUUAUAUGUUUUUUGAUGCCAAGUAAAUACACUUUUAUUGCCUGUGUUUUUUUUUUUUACAGGAUUUACAUGUUUGACUCCAAUAAAAACUAAUUGAUCAUAUUUACGCAUUGCUUGUAAAUAAAUAUGCACAUGUAAACUUCAGUUGUAAUUGAAGUAAUUUUCACCAGUUUUGGUAUGCUGUUAAUUGAUAUUUUUUUAUUUUUUUUACUGACUGGUCAGCUAUUUUUCUUUAUUGAACAUUUAUAAACCAAUAAGAAAUCAAGCAAUGUGGCCUUAAGACCUGAUGACAAUGCAGUUAGAUGUUAUAUUUUAUUUUUGUACUCUAGCAUUUGUGCAAUAGUGUAUUCAUUUUUUUCUGUAUUGUCUAUGCAUUUGUGCAAUAAUAUACUGUGUUUUCCUGUAUUUUCUAUUCAUUGUGCAAUAAUGUGUUAAUAUUUUCUUGUCUUUUCCAUGCUUUUGUGCAAUAACGUUUUAUUUUCUUCUUUUUUUUGAGCAUUUGUGCAAUAUGUUUUAGAAUGCUGUCAUUGGUUUGGUGUAAUUGUCAUUCCUAUCAAUCAUUUGUGCAAUAAACCCAAAUUCAUUGUGAUCACAUUGUUGUUUGAAUAAAUUUAUAAACACCA